GGCGGCGAUGAUGGGCGGCCAUGGCCCGGGCGGGCGGCGGCGGCGGCGGCGGCGGCACGGCGGCCCCGGAGCGCGCGGGGGGCGCGGCGCAGCCGGAGCCGUGGGAGCUGUCCCUGGAGGAGGUGCUGAAGGUGUACGAGCAGCCCAUCAACGAGGAGCAGGCCUGGGCCGUGUGCUUCCAGGGCUGUCGCGGGCUGCGGGGCGCGCCGGGCGCCGGGCGGCGCAUCCGGGACACGGCGGACAUCCUCCUGCGCAGGGACGGCUCGGUGGGAGCGCGGCUGGAGCAGGAGCCUACAACCAUGGUGGUGCUACCGGCCAGCUGGGAAGCCCAGAUGGUACAGUCACUGGGCUUCGCCGUCUACCGGGCGCUGGACUGGGGAUUGGAUGAGAGCGAAGAACGUGAGCUCAGCCCGCAGCUGGAGCGGCUCAUCGACCUUAUGGCCAACAGUGACUGUGAGGACAGCAGCUGCGGGGCUGCCGAUGAGGGAUACGGGGGUCCUGAGGAAGAGGAAGAGGCCGAGGGAGGUCCCCGGGCCGUGCGCACCUUUGCCCAGGCCAUGCGACUGUGUGCUGCGCGCCUGACGGACCCGCGUGGCGCACAGGCCCACUACCAGGCAGUGUGCCGCGCUCUCUUUGUGGAGACGCUGGAGCUGCGGGCUUUCCUGGCCCGCAUGCGCGAAGCCAAGGAGAUGCUGCAGAAGCUGGGGGAGGAGGAGCCACAGGUAGAGAAGCCACUGGCCGAACUUGACCACUUGGGACACACAGACUGGGCCCGGCUGUGGGUACAGCUCAUGAGGGAGCUGCGCCAUGGGGUGAAGCUUAAGAAGGUUCAGGAGCAGGAGUUCAACCCGCUGCCCACCGAGUUCCAGCUUACCCCCUUUGAGAUGCUGAUGCAGGACAUCCGGGCCAGGAACUACAAGCUGCGCAAGGUCAUGGUUGACGGGGACAUCCCUCCCAGGGUGAAGAAGGAUGCGCAUGAGCUCAUCCUGGACUUCAUCCGCUCUCGGCCGCCACUGAAGCAGGUCUCAGAGAGACGACUUCGCCCAUUACCACAGAAGCAGAGGACGCUGCAUGAGAAGAUCCUGGAAGAAAUCAAGCAGGAGCGAAGGCUGCGGCCAGUGGGGGACCAGCGCUUGGGUGCCCGUGGGUUUGGUUCUCUUCCCUGCAUCCUCAAUGCCUGCUCCGGGGAUGUGAAGUCCACUUCCUGCAUCAACCUGUCCGUCCCAGAUGCCGGAAGCAGCAGCCAGCGUCCACGGCCCCGGGUCCUUCUCAAGGCCCCCACCUUAGCAGAGAUGGAAGAGAUGAACACGUCUGAGGAAGAAGAGUCUCCAUGUGGGGAGGUGACACUGAAGCGGGAUCGCUCUUUUUCGGAACACGACCUGGCUCAGCUUCGGAGUGAGGUGGCCUCUGGCCUGCAGCCGGUCACUCAGCCCCCAGGAAGGACGGAGCCACCUCGGCCCCGAGCAGGCAGCAUGCACACGUGGAGGCCCAGCACCCGAGACCAGGUUUCUUAUCCUGGGAGUGUCCAGACCAGGCCUGACCCCUCCCCACUGCCCAACAGCCUGAGCACAGUGGACAGACCUGAAGCUUCUGCACCAGACACCAGACAUCUGUGGCUGGAGUUCAGCCACCCUGUGGAAAGCCUGGCCCUGACCGUGGAGGAGGUGGUGGAUGUGCGCCGCGUACUGGUGAAGGCCGAGAUGGAGAAGUUUCUGCAGGACAAGGAGCUCUUCAGCAGCCUGAAGAGGGGGAAGAUUUGCUGCUGCUGCCGAACCAAAUUCCCUCUGUUCUCCUGGCCGCCUACCUGUCUCUUCUGCAAGAGAGCUGUCUGUACUUCCUGUAGUGUAAAGAUGAAGAUGCCUUCCAAGAAGUGUGCACACAUUCCUGUCUACACGCUGGGCUUUGAGAGCUCUCAGAGGGUGUCCGCUGCUAAAGCCAUGCCGGUGCUGAGGAGAGAUGCCUUCCAAUCACUGCAGGGACCACAGUGGCGGAGCGUGGAAGAAGAGUUCCCCCACAUCUACGCCCACGGCUGUGUGCUGAAAGAUGUCUGCAGCGAUUGCACCAGCUUUGUGGCCGACGUAGUGCGCUCCAGCCGCAAGAGUGUGGAUGUCCUCAAUGCCACUCCACGCCGCAGCCGUAGCCGCCAGACCCAGUCCCUUUAUAUUCCCAACACCAGGACUCUCAACUUUCAGUGACUGCCUUGAUGGCCAGGCCUGCAUGGGGCUAUGCCAUUUUCUCCCUGUCUGGGGACACAGCCGCCACCAACCGCCCUGCGCAUGUACAUAUUUACAUAUAUAUUUAUAAUAUAUACAUCCAGCCUAUAUAUUUAUA